AUGGGAAAAAGAGUGAAGGAGAGAGGGAGGAGAGAGGAGGGAUGUAAACGAGAGGAGGAGGAGAACGAGGGAAUGGGAGAGGGACAGAGAGGAAGAGGAGGAGGAAGUCGAGAAGGGGGAGGAGGAGAAGAAGGAGGAGGAGGGGAGGAAGAGGAGGGGAGGAGGAAAAGGUUUGAGGGAGUGGAGACAACGUUGAGCGGAGAGACUGGUAAAAAGAGAGUAAUCGGGAGUAUGCAUAUGAAGCAGGGUUAUAGUCCUAGAGAAAGAGGUAGACGAAGAGAGAGGGAGGUGGGGGAGAAGGGGGAAGGGAAGAGAUUGUCAGAAAGAGAAGGGGAACAUAGGGGAUGA